GUUCGUAUUUGGUUAAACUUCUCAACGGCAGCUUGUCUAAAAAAUCAAUUGCGGCGACAGUGUUUUAGCAGCACUUGCGCCUACAAAACUACCAAAUCUAACAUGCGCUUAGCAUUUUUAUUAAUAUUAUUACACGGUCAGACAUUGAAAUUGGUUGUUGAAUGCAUUCCAUCAACGGAUUGUGGCGAUGUGUCUGACUGUGUUCCGGAGAGUCAAAAUGCUAUAUGUGCACUCGAUCGGGAAAUUGUGUGUUUUAAAUAUUUUUACUCCUUAUGCCAUCUGAAGUAUGAAGAAUGCCAAGAUCAAAGAGAGUACGCGGUUUAUUCACAAGCAUACUGCGAAAAUUCUGCCUUUAUGUGUGGCACCUAGUCGAAAUUGGGGCAAGCUAGUUUGAAGUUGACUUUUUAGUAAUAGUUCAUAAAUGGAAUGGAAAAUUAAUCCACAGAAAAUAUAAAAUGAUAUUUGAAUAACUAA